AUGGAGUACACCUACAUAACUCCUACUGCAUAUGAGUCGGGGAUGGACACCGGCCGAACUUCUAGCCGCUCCACGGAGUUCAGUUCCUGCAGUCAGCCCGUUCGAUUUCAGUAUAACAGGUGCAAUUUAGGUACCACAUCAAGCUGCCACUUCAUUGCGCCCGGACCCUGCUCUUAUCAACCCUCCCACUACAUAACAGUUCAUCAUAAUCUUUUGACUUAUGAACGAGGCGUCCAAGAGAGGCGCAAACAAAGGCGCAUCCGCACCAUCUUCACCAGCUCUCAGUUGAAAGCGCUUGAGCGUGUGUUCGCACAAACUCAUUAUCCCGAUAUCUACACGCGUGAGGAGCUCGCGCUGGAGAUUCAUCUUACCGAAGCUCGAGUUCAGGUAUGGUUCCAGAACAGACGUGCAAAAUUUCGCAAACAGGAGCGCACAGCCACAUGGGUUGCGACAUCCCUGAAAGUGCACAGGCCGUUUUCUACAGAGAACUCCAAAACGAUGACAAUUCCUGACCCGGGCAGCACACAAUGCACCCUUACAGUAACCCAAGACCAAAAAGAGUCCAGAAAGUGCCAGCCUUCUGAAGAAAUGCCCUUAGGGGGUUCUUCUCUUGAUGCACAGCGAUCAAGUGUACAUCGAACUCUCAGCGCAACUAUUGCGCAUGCGUGUUGA